AUGGCAUUAACUGACACUGGCGUAUAUGGUCAUGGCCAAAGGGUGGGCGAGGUAGAGGAGGACGAGGAAGAGGUGGUGAACGAGGUAGAAUUAAGUUUAUCGGCACCUGCUGACAAUCCUCCUAAAGGUGAUGUUCCAGCUGAGACUGAAAAGGACGAAAACGAUGACCACAAGCAACAAGAUGCACACGGUGAUACUGGAGGCCAUGGACAUGGAGACGCUCGUAAACACCAUCAACUCCAUAAAUCUCAUAAACACCAUAAGCACCAUAGUCACCAUGAUGAACAUGGAUCAGUCAAAAAGUCUAGACACGAUAAAGAAGCAGCAAAACAUAAAAAGGUGACGGAUCAUCACCAUGGACAAAAAAAUAAUAAACACGAUGGAAAUGCUGGAGAUAAUAAAAAGCCCGAUCCAACUGGAUCGCCUACACCAACUGGAUUGCCUGGAACUACCGGAUUACCUGGACAAAGCGGAUUGAAUGGAAAAACUGGAUUGCCUGGACAAAUUGGAUUGUCUGGACAAAUCGGAUUGCCUGUACAAAGCGGAUUGUCUUCACAAUACGGAUUAGGCUCACAAAAUCGAUUGCCUUCACCAUUAGGACAAUAUGGUAUGUCUGCACAGAAUCCACAAUUCGGUCAACAAGAGCAGCAGCUUUUAAAUCGUGUACCGCAAAAUUCUUUACCAUCAGGACAAACUCAACAAUCUGCAACUCCUGCAACAAUUGGAACGCCCACAUCAGCUGGACAAUUGGGAGCACAAAGAGCACAAUCUGUGAAUCCUGGAUUAGCUCAAACUCAACCAGGCGUAAAUCCUGGAUCAGGUCCGAUUCCUACGCAAGCUCAUAGUUCUGGACAAGGUGUAGAUCUUGCCCAAGCUCAAAGCUUUGGUCCAGGUCUAAAACAUCAAGCACUUUUAAAUCCUUCACAGGCUGGAAUAUAUGGUCAACUGGGAACACAAGGAGCACAAGCUAUGAAUCCUGGAGUAACCCAGGCUCAAACAAAAGGCUUAAGUCCUGGACAAGGUCUUAGUCCUAUGCAAGGUCAAAGUUCUGGGCCAGGUCAGAAUAAUCAAGCAUUUUCCAAUCCUUCACAAGCUGAAAUAGCUGAACAAAUAGGAGCACAAAGUGGACAAGCAGUGAAUCCUGGAUUAGCUCAGUCUCAAACAGCAGGUCCUAAUCCUGGAAAAGGUUUAAGUCCUACGCAAGCUCAUAGUUCUGGACAAGGUCUAAAAGAUCAAAAACUUUUAAAUGCUUCACAAGCUGGAAUAGCUGGUCAAUUGGAAACACAAGGAGCACAAGCUAUGAAUCCUGGAGUAACCCAGACUCAAACAAAAGGCUCAAGUGCUGGACAAGGUCUUAGUCCUAUACAAGCUCAAAGUUCUGGGCCAGGUCUGAAUACUCAAGCAUUUUCAAAUUCUUCACAAGCUGGAAUAGCAGGACAAAUGGGAGCGCAAAGAGCACAAGCUGUAAAUCCUGGAUUAGCUCAAACUCAAACAGGAGGUCCAAAUCCUGAAACUGGUUUAAGUUCUACGCAAGCUCAUAGUUCUGGCCAAGGUCUAGAUUCUGCGCAAACUCAAACCUUUGGACCAGGCCUAAAAGAUCAAAAACUUUUAAAUGCUUCACAAGCUGGGAUAGCUGGACAGUUGGGAACACAAGGAGCACAAGCUGUGAAUCCUGGAGCAGCUCAAACUCAAACACAAGGUUUAAAUCAUGGACAGGGUCUAAAUCCUACACAAGCUCAAAGUUCUGGACUAAAUUUAAAUGCUGCGCCAGCUCAAAGUUCUGAUCCAAGUCUGAAUCCUACAAAAGCUCAAAAUUCAGGAUUAGGUCUGAAUCCUACGCAAUCUCAAAGGCCAGGAGGAGCCGAAGGAGCUCUGUAA